UAAUGGCCCAAGCCCAAUUUUAUGGCGCAGAUAGCAUUUUCACCGAGCCUAUAAAUAGGGAGCCCAGUGAAGUAGGGUUUUUAGCUCAGGGGUGAAGCCUCAUUCUCCAUCGCAGCAGCGUUCAGAGCAAGGGAGGCGAAAAAUGUCGCACAGGAAGUUUGAGCAUCCAAGGCACGGGUCACUCGGUUUCCUGCCCAGGAAGCGGGCUGCUCGCCACAAGGGAAAGGUGAAGGCUUUCCCCAAGGAUGACCCAACCAAGCCCUGCAGUCUAACAGCCUUUUUGGGAUACAAGGCUGGAAUGACCCACAUUGUCCGAGAUGUGGAAAAGCCUGGAUCAAAACUUCACAAGAAGGAGACUUGUGAGGCUGUUACCAUCAUUGAAACACCACCCAUGGUAAUUGUUGGAGUUGUUGGGUAUGUUAAGACUCCACGUGGUCUUCGCUGCUUGAACACAGUUUGGGCCCAGCAUCUCAGUGAGGAGAUUAGGAGGAGGUUCUACAAGAACUGGUGCAAGUCCAAGAAGAGGGCCUUUUCCAAGUACUCAAAAAGAUUGGAGACUGAUGAGGGAAAGAAGGACAUCCAGUCACAGCUGGAGAAACUGAAGAAAUACUCGAGUGUUAUCCGUGUGUUGGCUCACACCCAGAUAAGGAAGAUGAAGGGGCUGAAACAAAAGAAGGCACACUUGAUGGAGAUUCAAGUUAAUGGUGGAACUAUUGCUCAGAAGGUUGACUUUGCUUACGGCUUCUUUGAGAAGCAGGUCCCUGUGGAUGCUGUAUUCCAGAAGGAUGAGAUGAUUGACAUUAUAGGUGUGACCAAGGGUAAGGGAUAUGAAGGUGUUGUUACUCGUUGGGGUGUAACACGUCUUCCCCGCAAAACCCAUAGGGGUCUUCGUAAGGUGGCUUGUAUUGGAGCUUGGCAUCCUGCUAGAGUUUCCUUCACUGUUGCUAGGGCUGGUCAGAAUGGGUACCAUCAUCGUACUGAAUUGAACAAGAAGGUCUACAGGCUUGGUAAGGCAGGAACUGAAGAGCACACUGCCAGUACCGAAUAUGACAGGACUGAGAAAGAUGUCACUCCAAUGGGUGGAUUCCCUCACUACGGUGUGGUGAAGGAUGAUUACCUGAUGAUCAAGGGUGGCUGUGUUGGACCCAAGAAAAGGGUCGUUACCCUUCGUCAAUCUCUCCUGAAACAGACUUCUCGUGUGGCACUUGAAGAGAUCAAGCUAAAGUUUGUUGACACAUCGUCCAAGUUUGGACACGGACGAUUCCAGACAACCUCAGAGAAACAGAAGUAUUACGGUCGGGUGAAGGCCUAAGAAGUAUCUUAGAGGAAUCCGAGAUAGUAGUUUUUUUUUAAUUUUAUCUUGAGACAGUUUUGCUUGAUUUGUCUUCAAAUUUCUGCUCUGCGGCAUUGUUUUUCAUCUCAAAUCAUUGUAAGAGAUAUUUUUGCCUUGGAUUUUUCAUAUUUACAUGUCUAGCAUAAUGUUUUUCAUAUACUAUUAAUCAGAUGUCUUGAUGUAUAAAAA